AUGAUGAACAUGAUGGAGGCGACGGACGCAGAUCCUGACGCAGAGCUCGCGCCCAGGGGCGUCAAAGUGCCGCUCUGGUCGGGUGCAGCAUACUCCAACGCUAUUAGCAAGUCCAUGCGAGCCAUGAUGACGAGUAGCAGACUACGAGCUGGCAGACAACAAACUGUUGCCAGCUCUGACCCGGGUGCGGAUCUUUUCACCGAUGCGGUGGCUCGGAAGGAUAAGGAGAAAAUGCUGGAUGCGCUGGCGAAAGACCCCAGUGUACUGCGACGAAGUGACACUAACGGACGAACGCCAUUGCAUAUUCUUUGUGACAAUUCAUGUGUGACGGUGCAAGCGCUUGGGGUAUUCGCAAAAUCACUCGGAGCUCUUUCGCUCAUGCAAGACAACAGUGAAGAUCUGCCACUUCAUUGCUUGUGUCGCAAUUCAUCGUGCGAAAUUGGCUUAAUUAAGAAGCUGGUCUCUGACGUUUCUGUCUACACGACAUUGAACAAGGAAGGACAAACCCCACUGCAUUGUUUGGUGACUGCUGAUGGUCCUCUAAAUAAGACCGUACUUCAGUAUCUGAUUGAGUCUUUCCCUUCCACUGCAUUAAUGAGGGACUUGAAUGGGGACUUGCCUCUUCACAUUUUGUGUCAGAACGAAAGUGUUACGUGUGAAUUACUCCAUCUGGCACUUGAGACAUACCCCGAAGGCAUACACGCUCUUGCAAAGCUGGCCAAGUGCAGCGCUGGUGGCAGACCGGCAUCCUAUCGCCACCGAUACGAGUUCCUGAAUGUCAAUGGAGAGUGCGUCUGCUUUACUCAAGGUGGUGAGCUGGUGUAUGCCCAAACCAAUGUGGCUAUGGACUCCAACACGGGCACCAAUGUGCUCGUAAACUUCUACUCAUUGGAAGCCUCUGUCGAGCAUGAACAAAAGCUGAUUUGUCGACUGAAAACAGCGACGCUGCAAAAUGUUGGACAGUUUGACGAUCGGGGGCUUUGUCUGUACAAUAUGAGCACCAGCCGAGAGCUCUACCAGGAACGCCCAAUUGGUUUCCGAGCCAUUGCUUUAAAUUCGUGCCCACCAGAAGCCGCCAAAGCUUUUGUUGCUAAGGAGGAGUUUUCACCGACUCAAGCCUCGGAUAUGUGGCAAUUUGGCUGCCUUGUGUACCACGUCAAAGACGGAUCUCAAUUACCUCCAUUUACAACAAUUGAAGCGUCAUCACACACCUUCGUUGGAAAAGCGCUACAACAGAAGACUGAGGCUGCUCUCGCUGAUGGAUCAAAGGGGUCGCGAUCCGAGAAGCACGCCCAAGAGCAACUUGAGUUUAUGAAGAAGGAACACUCAUUGCUGCGUCACACGCUUCUGUCAACAAAGUCUCAGCUUCGAGACACUGAUCAGGAUCGAACCGACUUGCAAUUGAAGAUGGAGGAGCUGCGAGCUCAGAUGACGAACGAGGUGCAGCAAAGGAAGGAGGCUCAACUCGAAGCGCAGUUGUUGGCUCGCAACCACCAAUCCAUGACACUUCAACUCCAUACAACGGUGCAGAUGCUGCUCAAUCUCGUCCCUUUAUCUCGCAAGGUGUAUGGGGCUGCAGCGGACGAUUUCUUGUCGAAUGCGCUCGCACGUGCCACAGGAGACACUUCUUCGCCCUCUGUCGUAUCAGACCCAGUGAAUCUCGGACAGAAAAGUGGCCCGGUGCAGCUUCUAAAGACCCAGUUGCAGCAUUCCGUGCUGGCACACGGAUGCGUCCAAAAGUGGGCCAACAGCACUCCGUCCAGCGCCUUGGCAGCGACCGAGUUCGCCUCUUUCGAUGCAACAAGCAGCACCAAUACUCCACCAAACAGUGAUCCCAACGACAAAGAAAAGGAACCUAGUAGUCAUACGGAAGACCCAGACAGCUCUGCUGCAGCUGGCGAGAAGAGUCGCUACCAGGAAAUCCUCGAGAUCACGCUCUGCUAUGGAGUGCAAUGUCUAGCACAUACGUUCUCGCUCAAAGGCAUCAGCUGCAACGAGCUGCGCGCGAUCACAAGCUAUGACACAGCCAAAACCCGGGACUUCUACGUGCGCAAUGCGUCUCAGCCCAUUGAAAAGGAAACUGGUACCUUGCAGCGCUUACCAAUGGAAGUGCGGACGAAACCGUCGCACUCAUGGCGAGAUGGAGAAGAAGAGAUACUAGACUUUCCAGAUCCGUUGGCAGUAACUGAGGCAAAGGAGAAGACGGUGAAAUACUCCGAGACAGGAACAGCAACCGGUGGCAGCGCGUUAUAUUCGCUGCCACCACCAUUCGAUGAAAUUGACUUCCACACGCAAUUAUUGGGCAAGCAGUUCGUGGACCUGGCGUGGAAACUUUACACAGGGAGAGAAGGAGCGCAGAUUAAUACGAGGCAAGAACUGGAGGAAAAAUUUAUUUCUGUUGACCAGAGGAAGGUACCUACAGCGAUUCCAGCGUUAGCGUUGCCUGUGACGUCUUUUGCUGAGUUUUUGGCUGCCUAUAUCGCGGAAUGCGUACGGCGAUCGCAUCGAACGGGACAUGCUGGGGAUGAGGACAAAGGUGGCAGUGAUGAAGCGUUGGCUGUGAACGAGAAGGAGAGCAUUUAUGGCCUUAAGGCUUCAGUGUCGGAACCUCGAAGGCGAAGUGUUAGCACCCCGCGUGCUGCAAUGGGCAACACGAAGUCACAGGGUCCUUCACGCAUGGACGCAGAGAGGAAGCAGCGACCUUUGCACCCACAACCUCAGCAGCGACAGAUGCCGCGUUCGCUUCAGCAUGUACAAUCUAAGAUCCAACCUGAGCUGGAAGCUAGACGCCAAAAGGUUCUGCGAGUGAAGAAGACACAAUCGCAAAGAAUGGCAGAGACCUUGGCAAGAGCUCGGUUGGCUGAGUACGAUGCGCGACGAGAGCUACAGGAUGUUCGUGAGAGGCGACUUGGCCCCAAGAAGAUGCCUAUCAGUGAAAUUACAAAAGGUGCUGCUGCGUUGGAAAUUGUGGACGACUUCAUGAAGAGUCCUCUAAUGGACAAGUUUGGUCGUGAAAACCAGCCAAACUCUGAAUCCGACCAGCAUUUAGCGCAGAAGGACCCACUGAAAGUGGAACUGUACGGAACAGCAGCAUUAGACAGCUCUUUUUUAGGAUGCAAGCCCGCACCUGAAACUCGACGUCGAUCCGAGAGUCGACUAAAGCAACCGAGGCGAAACUACAAUGGCUGGCUAGGUGACUAUGGUCCACUUCACACAAAGACUGUUCGGCCUGAGUGGGAUGAAACUGAAGAUGAUGCUCCAGAUCCUGAACCGCGCGCCAAAGGAUCCAAGUUCGAGUGGAAUUUCAAACACCUUCCUGGUGGACGCCACGAGACUGUAGACCGACCGACGAACAAUAACAAGACGACCUUCGAGAGUUACGAUGGCGUUAGGCGGAGACAUGACGACUUCGACGACGGCCUAAGUGAUGGACCGAGUGCAAACUCCGACCCUGUAUUCCGAUGGCUUAAAGAUGCCGUUUGA